AGCAGAUAAAGGCCGCGGCAGUUUUCCUGUAGACCCGAAUCUCCCUCGAUGGGUUUGCCAGAACUGUCGCCACUCCCUCUGCGUCGCUGGCGUUGAUUCCUACGCGGACAAGUUCUUCAAUGACUCCUCUUCUCGCUCCGUUUGGGGUCAGAUUGAUUCUAUCACAAUUGCUUUAAAGAAGUUCAAUGAUUGGCUGCCUACUGAACAUCAACCCUCUUUUACCCGGGAUGGGGACCAGCCGGCAUAUCAUCACCAGGCAAAGCUGUACAUAGAAUUCAUAUUAUUUGAAGGAAAAUUUUCAGAUAGCAGUUUUCUAUUUCAGCUUUGUACUGCAUUAUUUUUAAUAAUUUCUUUUGGGGUUUGUAAGUUGGAAAUAUUUAGAGCAUAUUGAUCAAUGCUGUUACAAUUCCAUCACUAUUUUGUUGCAGAAUUUUCAUUUUCUUCUUUCGUUAUUUCUUCUUAUGUGGUAUGUUCAGAUCUUGAACAUUUGAGAACAUAAAUGUUAUUGGUUUCAAUUUCUUUGAAUUUUGUGCAUGUUGCUAUUGUUUUGUCUCUCUCACAUGCAUUAGCUAUGGAUGAGUAUUUAUGCAGGUAUGCAGGCCUCCUCGGUACAUGGGGCAGGAAGUGUGUUGGGUUCGACCCGGAUGGACCAUUCGUUUGUUGUGCUGCCGAAGCAAAGAAGUCAGCCUCAUGGGGUCCCCCCUCGUCCUCGCACCGGAGCUGCACAGCCUGAUGCUAGCCAGUCUGGGAAGACGAUGGAAGAGUCAUUUGUGGUAUUGCCUCCUGCUGCUGCUUCCAUGUACAAGCCUGCAUCUGAAGGGGGUGGUACCCAUUUACUGACUCCUGGCGGAAGCCCCAGUGGUCCUUUGCAGGCGAACAAUUCUGGGUUCCACUCGAGUAUAACUGUAUUGAAGCGUGCAUUCGAUAUCGCCACUGCCCAAACACAGGUUGAUCAACCUUUAUGUUUGGAAUGUAUGCGUGUGUUGUCUGAUAAACUCGAUAAAGAGGUCGAAGACGUGAACAGGGACAUUAAAGCAUAUGAAGCCUGUCUUCAACGACUUGAGCUGGAGUCCCGUGAUGCUCUUAGCGAAGCUGAUUUCCUUCGCGAAAAAAAGAAGGUUGAAGAAGAAGAAAGGAGGCUUGAAGCAGCCAUUGAAGAAGCUGAGAAACAGUGUGCAUCAGUAGAUACUGAGCGAAUGGAAUUAGAAUUAAAAUCAAAGCGCUUCAAAGAACUGGAGGAACGGUACUGGCAUGAAUUCAACAAUUUUCAGUUUCAGUUAACUUCACAUCAGGAAGAAAGAGAUGCAAUCUUGUCCAAGAUAGAAGUUUUACAAGCACAUCUGGAAUUGUUGAAGCGCACCAAUGUUCUGAAUGAUGCCUUUCCAAUUUGGCAUGAUGGAGAAUUCGGAACCAUUAACAAUUUUCGACUUGGCCGUCUUCCUAAGAUACCGGUUGAGUGGGAUGAGGUAAAUGCUGCUUGGGGUCAGGCAUGCCUUCUCCUCCACACGAUGGCUCAAUAUUUCCGGCCAAAGUUCCCGUAUCGAAUAAAGAUUCUUCCAAUGGGAAGUUACCCCCGCAUUAUGGACAGCAAUAACAAUACAUAUGAGCUAUUUGGUCCUGUGAAUUUAUUUUGGAGCACUCGCUAUGACAAAGCAAUGACCCUGUUCUUGGCAUGCCUCAAGGACUUUGCCGAGUUUGCAAAUUCCAGGGAUCAAGAAAACAACAUACCACCAGAAAAAUGUUUCAAGCUCCCUUACAAGAUUGAGAACGACAGGGUGGAGAAUUACACCAUCACACAGAGCUUCAACAGGCAGGAGAAUUGGACAAAGGCUCUGAAGUAUAUGCUCUGUGAUCUGAAGUGGGCACUGUUCUGGUUUGUUGGUAACACCAACUUUCAGCCACUUCCUGCAGCAGUUUCUUCUCAGAGCGAAAUCUCCCUGCCCGUAAGUUCUGUGUCUGUGAAACAACACAGCACGGAUUCCAAGACCCAAUCUAGAAGAAGCCCGCCCAAGACCUGACAUGGUGGUAGGAUGCUCACUCCCCCCUGUAUAAACGGAGGCCAGACAUCAUCUUUAUAGCAAUGAAAAUGCAGGUAUCAAUAUCACAUAAUGUUUAUAUUAUAUUGAUAUCUUGUUAUUGAUGUAAUAAGCACUGACAAGUUCAUCGAGCGUGAUUGUUUA